AUGCUUCCCCAGAAGAACAGACUGUCUCUUCAGGCGUCGCUCAGUGUGUUGGUUUUCCAUCUGCUCCUCACACACUCCUGCAGAGGUCAGUCUCAACUAAUCGGUCCACCUCAGCCAAUCGUAGCAGCCGUUGGCGAUGACAUAAUUUUACCAUGUCACCUCGAACCUGCCGAGGAUGUUGUUGCCAUGACGUUAGAGUGGACGAGAUCCGACCUGGACUCUGAAUUCGUCUUCGUGUGGCGUUCUGGUCAAGACCUCGUACAUGCGAAACAUCCAUCUUUCAAAGGACGGACAUCCCUGUUCUCUGAGGAACUAAAGCACGGGAACAUUUCACUGAAACUCUCCAAAGUACAACUGUCUGAUCGGGGGACGUACAGCUGCUUCAUCCCUAAACUGGAUAAAAGAUCUGUGGUCGAGCUUGUUGUUGGAGCCGUCUCCUCGGCCGUCAUCAGUUUAGCAGGGACAGACAGAGACAGAGGAGGAGUGAUGUUAGACUGUGAGUCUGCAGGCUGGUAUCCAGAGCCGGAGGUGUUGUGGCUGGACGCUGAGGGAAAGCUCCUCUCUGCUGGACCUCCAGAGACAGUCAGAGGUCCUGAUGACCUCUAUACUGUCAGCAGCAGAGUGACUGUGGAGAAGAGACACAGCAACAGCUUCACCUGUAGAGUCCAGCAGAAGAACACCAACCUCAGCAGAGACGCUCACAUCCAUGUUCCAGAGGGUUUCUUUCCAGUCCAGUCCAGUUCUUCUCCCCUCUUUAUUGUUCUGGCUGUUACUGUGGCUGCUUGCAUCUUUAUUAUUCUUUUACUUGUUCUGUGGAAACUGAGAGGAAACAUAAACAAGACAAAGAGAAACCCUUCAGAGGAAACUGAAGAAGGACGAGAGACAGGAGAGAUGUUAGUGACAGGACAGGAGCAGAGGAGGGAGGAGGAGCUUCAGAAGGAGCAGCAGAUGAGGAGGGAGGAGGAGAGGAGGAGAGAGGAAGCUGAGAAGAAGCUGGAGACCCAUCAGGAGGAAGCAGACACCAAAAACAAAGAGCAGGAACCUGAGGAUGAUGAGUUCAGCACCAGCUCAGCCCGUCAGAACUCAAACUCAGGAUUAGUCUUUGAGUUCGACCCACAGUGCAGAUCCUUCUCUCUCAGAAACACGUCUCAUGAGGACAAAGAACUGAAUGACUGGGAGUUACAGGUGCAGAUCAACGACAGGAAACCCAUCACGCACAGAUUCCAUCACUUAUUCAGAUUCAAGGCUGGAAGACGUCACACUAUUUGGGAGCCACGUCAUGGUUCCAGUUCUCCCAAUAACCAGCCCUAUAACCUGCCCUCUAACCAGCCCUAUAACCAGCCCUAUAACCAGCUGUGGAAGGAGCUGAAGUUCUGGAGACGUGGAGACAAACUGCAGGUCUCCCUCUGCAGCCCCACAGGACAGAUCCAACAUCUCUCAGUUCAUGUUUCUGAUGGACAAUAAUUAACUUCCUUUUUCCUUUAGUUUAUCUUUUAGCUGCUUUUAUGAAAAGUUGCAAACAGCUCGUAAUGUCCUCCUGAUGCUUCACACCUUCAGUCCUCUCGCCUGGUUUGACUGUUAUUUAAACCAGCGGUCCCCAACCUUUUUUAUGCCACGGACCGGUUUCAUGUAAGACAAUAUGUUCGUAGACUGGGGGGGGGAAUAAAUAUGAUAAUAAACUCAGCAUUAGCUGAAUCAGUGGGAGCCUGAGCUCGUGUCUAAAG